ACGGGAAGGGUCAAUGUGCUGAGUCCAAGGACCAACAUGCUGAUAUGUGUACUGAUGGACAGCCACGGACAUCAUGUGUGUGCUUAUGGACACACAUGGACAUUUCUCUAAGGCAAGGAUCCUUAAGCUAUGAGAAGACUUGGGUUUUGUUGGAACGCAACUUGUCCGAUCAGAACCCCCCGCGGCCUUAGCAGAACGUCCUGCCGCCCUUGCUGAUCGUCCCGCCAAUGUGACUGUCCUUACCGCCUUGGACUUAGCCGGUUCAGAUGCAUCUGGAUGGAAGCCGAUCAGUCACAUUAAUUAAUCUUGUCUUUAUUUUCGUUUAAUGAUUAGAUCUAGAUCUACUUUUCAUUUAAUUCCAAGAUCUACAAAACUCUAUAAGUAUGAAACUCUUUUCAUUUGAAUAAUAAAAAAUCGUUUGUCUAAAGUUUGAGUUAAACUCUUUGUUCUUUGUUUAGAACUUAUUCUUAGUUUCUUGGUGAGUCAUAUCCAAGUAAACACCCCUCAAACUCGUUGGUCUUGUGAGUCAUAUCAAGCAACGGUUUGAGAUUCUUCUUUUGGUGGUCUUGUGAGUCAUAUCAAGCAUCAACUGAAGUCGGGAAUAUCGAAGGCCUUUCCGCAACCUUCGUGUGACCCUUCAAUACAUUCAGUUCUCCAUCCGGAGUUCAUAUCCAAAUCUGAUCCAUUCGAGUGAGCCCAUCUUAGGGUCCUUCAAGUGGUAUCAGUGCCACUCGUUUGGUAUCUUCUAAAUCUUUCAUCUUUCUCAUCUUCCAUUUCUUCAUAAACACUUCUUCUUCUAUCUAUCUUGAAUCCGGGCCCCUCAUUACCAUCCUCUAUCUAUAAAAAAAAAUAAAAAAGAAAAGAAAGAUCUAUCUAUAAAAAAAAAAUGAAAAAAAGAAUUCGAAAAGUUUGAUUUGUGGUUUGGUGGUGGAAGAGAAAGCCUGCUGGCUGAGGAGAAAUCCAGCCUUUGAGGUGGUUAAAACGGAUUCCCAAAACCAAAAAUCUCUUAUCUUUCUCUCUUUUAAAAUUCCCUUGUGUUUGCUUGGAUUUUGUCCAUUGAGUUUCUAUGAGUUGUUCUUCUUAGAGCUUUGAGUGAAAACUUGUUGUGUGACCAUCCAAAUUCUGAGAGAAACACGUGUGUGGGUGAGGAUCAAACACUUGAGAGAGUGAGGAUUUUUAUCUAACGUUUUGUGUUUAAGAAAUUUCAGGAACCAUGAGUAGUGAUGAUGAACGGAACCGUCCCGGAAACUCAAUUGCCGGAUUGUCUAACCUUCAAAUGCAUGCUUUGAAUGAUUCUAUGUCUAACAUGUUGAACGCAAGUUUAGAUCAGAUCCAUCAGAGGCUUGAUGAGAUCAAGGCUAGCCAAGCUCCUUCUAGAGCCGGAGCAAGAAGAGACCGUCCGCGUAGGAACACUCGGUCCGACGAUGAGAUCCGAGAGGAGGAUGAUCAAGAGGACAAGGCCAGAUCAGCAUACCGUCCAAGAAGAGGUCCUAGAACCCGAGAUCCAGGUGAUGCCAAUCCUUUUGCUAGAAAUGAACGUACUAAUGAUAGCCUAAGUGGGUUGAAACUAAAAAUCCCACCAUUUGAGGGUAAAAAUGAUCCUGAUGUUUUUCUUGAAUGGGAAAGAAAAAUUGAAUAUGUCUUUGAUUGUCAAAACUUUUCUGAACUUAAGAAAGUUAGACUAGCUGUUACUGAAUUCUCUGGCUAUGCUAUUAAUUGGUAUGAUCAAGUUGUGACCCUUAGGAGGAGAACAGGUGAGAGACCGAUUGAGACAUGGGAUGAGUUUUCCAUGCUGAUGAGGAGACCAUUUGUUCCUGCUCAUUAUCACCGAGACCUCCACCAGAAACUCAGACGCUUGCUUCAAGGCACUAAGUCCGUGGAAGACUACCACCAGGAAAUGGAAACUUUGAUGAUCAAGGCUGACGUAGACGAGCCCAGGGACGCCACUAUGGCUAGGUUCCUCUCUGGCCUUAACCGAGACAUCCAAGACCGUAUGGAGCUUCAAGAGUAUGGUAGUGUGGAACAGAUGCUACACAAGGCCAUCUUGAUCGAGCAACAAGUUAAAAGGAAGAGUUUCUCAAAGCCGGCCAUUACCUCUAAACCGGCCUACUCUCCUAGACCGGCUUUUGCUCCUAAGCCAAGCUACCAAGACAAAGGUAAUUCUUCUUCCACAACACAUAAUGCUUUUAAAACUGAUGUCUGUAGAAACCCUUUAAAAAAAAAAAAAAAAAAAAAGAAUGGUCGAGUAUCUUUUGGAUGAUCGAGUCGCGGAUGAUCAUAUUGUUCUUGUCUGAACCAUGAGUCAAGUAUGCCACUGGACAAUGGUUAGACAAUGUAGUAGAUUGAUUCAAAUGAUGUUUGAAGCAAGACAAUUUUGGAAGCACAACAGGAAGACCGGAAAUUGGGCGAAAAACCCUAAAUUUCGGUAUUACGAUAUUUUUCGAAGAAGCCGAAAGCUCGGUAAAUAUUUUUCCUCAAGAUCAGAGUCCCAGUAGGGCUUAUUAAAAAUACUCAGGCCAUCAGAACGGGCGUAGAAAAAUAUUUGGGAUUGAUCGCGGGAUGAAAAUUCACCGGAAAGGCCGAAAUCGGCCGAAUCGACCGAGAAGCUCGAGUUGGCUUGAUGUGUAUGUGUUCAGGACGUGGUGGAAGGCUCUUGACAGUGUGUGUGUCAAGGGAAGCAGGAGGUGUUGCAGUACAUACAACAUGUACAUGCAAGUAGACAUGUGGAGCACGAGGUGGAACGGCCAAGCACGAGGUGUUGCGAUGCAUGCGACCGAAGCAUGCGGCCAGCCAUGUGUGAAAUGGGGUGUCGACCUGCAUGCACUUAAGUCAUGCAGCAGGCCAUCUGGACGUGGGUGUGUCAUCCUGCAUGAGACUGAGGCAUGCAGCCAGCCAUGUGGAGCACGAGGUGGAACGGCCAAGCACGAGGUGGAACGGCCAAGCACGAGGUGUUGCGAUGCAUGCGACCAGCCAUGUGUGAGAUGGGGUGUCGACCUGCAUGCACUUCAGUCAUGCAGCAAGCCAUCUGGACGUGGGUGUGUCAUCCUGCAUGAGACUGAGGCAUGCAGCCAGCCAUGUGGAGCACGAGGUGGAACGGCCAAGCACGAGGUGUCGCGAUGCAUGCGACCGGGCCAUGCGUCCAGACAUGUGGAGGAUGUGGUGUCAGCUUGCAUGUGAUCAGUCCAUGCAUCCAGACAGGUAGAGGGCGUGGUGUCACCUUGCAUGUGAGCAGGCCAUGCUGAAGGACAAGUGGAGCACGAGGUGCCGCCACGCAUGCGUCCGGAGCCAUGCGAAGCGACACACGGGCUGCCACACGGCUUGUUCCUGAUUGGUUGAUGAUUCCUAUAAAUAGGCCACGAACCCCUCUCAUUUCAAUCCAUCCAGAACACAUCAAACCUACUUCAAAACAUAAAGAGAAAGCAAAGAAAGAAAGAUCGAGUUUCGAUAGUUUUCGAGCGAUUUAGGCAGUUUUCGAGAACAGUUACUCUGCCGAUUUUGAGUCAGCACCUGUAGAAGGUUCUGUUCAAGUGAAGAGAGAUCAGUUCUAGUGGAGACCAGUUCAAGUGAAGAUC